AUGGCCGUUCUAGCGCCUGUAGCCGUGGCCGUGGCCGUGGUCGUGGCCAUGGUCGUUCUCCUCGACGCCCACCACCUCCUCGACGCCGUGGAUUUCGGCUCUCAGGUAUCCAGCGCUCUGUAUAGGCUUAAGCCCGAGCGUCCUUUGCCUACUUACUAUGUCCCGAGCACCCAAGGCCGUCUGUGCAAGAGCCGGUGCUGUGGGGUGCAAGGGGAAGGCCACCAGCAACUGCGACGUCUGCGUCCCUUGCUGCGUCGCCAGUACCACCGGAAGCUUCGUAGAGAUGCCCGCGCCUCUGCCGGCAUCAGUGUGCCCGUCACUGUCCCAGGCUCGCUCCCCGCUGGCAUCAUCCCCGCUGUCUCCGACUCUGUCUUCGCUGUUCCAGGCCCCGCUUCCGGUUCCAUGCCCGAUGUCCCCAGUCUUGUCAAUACGAUGUCUGCCGUCUCCACCGCCCUCACGUUCCAUGACCCCGCUGCUGUUGCCUCACAUGUACAUGAUCCAACUAAUACAUUCGAUUUUGAUCAUCCAUCAAAUGUCAAUGUCAACACUCCGGCAUCCUCAUCCUCAUCUCUGUCCUCGUCCACUGCGUUGGUGCCGGCUCCCCCGCCCACAUCAUCUCGGACAUCUGCGUCCUCGUCAUUUGCAAACCCGCUCAGCUCGAUGUGGAGCCAGAACCAGAGUCUUGGUGCAUAUCUCCAGCGCUGUAAGGAUGACGUCCUGCGUGAUGAGGAGUCUGUGAAGCGUCUUGAUGUCCUUCGUGUUUCCGAGCGCAUGAAGAAGACCGUUCAGUUCCGAGUAUGGAUCAAGUCUGGAGAGUGCCCCACUGUGCUGCGCAUAUAUCUUCCUGCUCAUCCACACUAUGUGCUGUCAGAGCUUCCUGCUCUCGUAACCACUCUCCCUUCCGACACCACCCAUUGUGAUGUCUUCAGUCCCAUGUCAUCUGGCUGGAUCACUCUCGACCUCGAGUCUGCGUACAGCAUUGAUUCAGGUGCAAGUGAAGUUUGCUUGCGCAUAUCAGGUCUCUCCGAUCAAGACUGUCCUACAUUCCCGGCACUGGGGGUUGCGCUUCCUGCUUCGUCCUCUAAGCAUCCCCGGUCAUCUUCUCCUGGCCCUGGCUCCCCGCAGCAUCCUUCCAAGCGCACUAAGCUGGAUGUCGUCAACACCACUGCCCCCAUCACUGGUCCAUCCGCAUAUGUCCCUUCCACUCCUUCCACACAUCCACCAAAGUUUCCUUCAGGCUAUUCCUUCUCUGCUGUGUGGAACUUCGUGGAGGCCACCGACACUCUACGAAGGGACUCCCGUGUUGACGUUGUUGUUGCGCUUGGGAACAAUCUGCAUGGGGUCACUUGUGCUAAGGCAACCUUCAACAACAUCAAGCAGCUUCUCCGCUGUGGUGAUCCCCAGUUGUGGGACAGCUAUCAUGCAUCAGGCGCUGUCUUCAGUGCCUAUAGAGCGCAAGUUGCAGGAUCAUCGUUUGAGCAGUCUCUAUUCCCCCAGUCUGACAUUGAUUUGCAGCAGUUUGAUAUCUCUGCUGACAGCUCUACUUUUAUGGAGGUUAAUGAUUGGAACUUGAACCCCUUUGCUCCUUAG